AUGUUCUACGGUGAAAUUGCGGAAACUUCAGGCACUAUUCAAUUGCCUGACUGUGAUUAUGAGAGUCUCUUAGAGUUGUUUCGUUUUCUAUACAGUGAUGAAGUGAACUUGAGCGGAAGUAAUGUCAUGCAAGUUCUCUACUUGGCAAAGAAAUACCUAGUACCUUCACUCGCCGAUAAGUGCACUAAAUAUCUUCAGGAACAUUUAGUUGCGUCGAAUGUGUUCUCCGUCCUGCCGCAAGCUCAGAAAUUUGAGGAUAAAGAUUUGGAAGAACGGUGCUGGGAAGUUAUAGACGCGCACACCGAGAAUGCUCUAACGUCAGAAGAAUUUGUCACGCUCGAGAGAUCUGUUGUUGAGUCUGUCGUGAAAAGGGAAAGUUUGAAUGUAAAGGAAGUGGAGUUAUUCAAGGCUGUUGAUCGCUGGGCCACCAAAGAAGUGGAAAGGCAAGGGCUGACCCCUGAUGGCGUGGUGAAAAGAAGGAUUCUUGGCGAGGAAACUGUGAAAGCAAUAAGGUUUCCAGUGAUGUCGCAGAAGGAGUUUGCUUCGGUUGUUGUGGAUUGUGACAUUCUGACUAAAAAAGAGAUUGGUUUCAUGAUGAAACACUACGGUGGUGUCAGUUUAGAGUCUUCGUUACCAUUCAUGCAUUCCCCCAGACAGCCUAGAACUUGGCUUUUGAAUCGAGUUUCGUUUUACAGAGUUGCCACUAGGCAUAGCGGAACCUUUGAUCAUGGCUGGCAGUACAACGGUGUCAGUAAAGAUGCCCUCAACCUCACUGUCAGUAAACCUGUCACGUUACAAGGAGUGCAGCAUUUUGGUAGUAAAGGUGGUAAAUACACAGUUUCAUUAGAAGUAAAGGAUACAAUAAAUGGUUUUUCUGUGGUCCAACAAACAGGCAGGUAUUCCUCCAAGAAAGAUGAGACAAAUGUUUACUAUAGAUUUGAUGUCAUGUUUGACCACCCAGUUAGUCUUGAGCAAGAUACAACGUAUGAGAUUUUAUUAUAUGGAGGAGAGUGUUUUACUGGGAACUAAACCACUCGUAGAUUCCAUACGCCACUUCAUCCGGGACCCGAGUGGCGUAUUUUCCGUAUGUCACCUUUGUGAGUGUCGUAUCGUUCAAUGAAUUUUGCUUUUGUUGAAUUGGUUUCUCCAUAUAAUAAAAAGAACAUUACACGUUGGCUCGAAGAUAUGAAUUUUAUGUUCUCGUGGCAAGAACAAUAUCUCACUCGUUCGCUUCGCUCACUCGUGAGAUAUCGUCUUGCCACUCGAACAUAAAAUUCAUAUCUUCUCGCCACCGUGUAAUAUCCUCUAUGUAUCUCUCAUCAAGGGCCCAACUUCUUGGCAUAUGCUUAAUGGGAAAGAAUCUGACGAGGUUCAAGGAAUCCGUUUUUCAUUUAGCAGUUCAGCUUCUUCUAUGAAUGGAACUGAUGUCAAUGGUGGCCAGCUUCCUGCACUUAUUUUCAGCACAAUGUAGUACAGUUUUUUAAAUUCCUUAAUGAUGAUACUGAAUUUGUUGAUCGUUUGAAGGAGUAGCGUUGGUAACUUUUUAUUUUAAAAGAAAAAACCUAAUCAAGCAAGCUAGAUUUUUUUUAGGAGUAAAGGAUAUAUAUCGCUCUACCAAUUCCUUCUUAAUUCCCAGACUACCAGCUAUUGUUAGGGUACUUGCAGAAUUCUAGCGACACGCUGGUCAGCCGGAGCUAGGAAUGAUUUGCCAAGCAAAAUGUAAAUACAGAAAAUACACAACGACCACCUUGCGAAAAGAAGAAAGUAGCCGUUGUAUAGAGGUUUAAACAAGAGUCAAUGUAUGGACUCAUGUCCGCCAAAAAAGCGGCCAUACUAGUAUAGAGAGGUGGCUGUUAGUGGAAGUCCGACUUUAGAGCAUGUCAAGUAAGACCACUAACUCCCUACUCGUUUUAUUAUUACUGACUUAGAAGUAGUGAAGAAUAAAAUAAAUCAACCACAAGGAAAAUAGAUAUUUUUGAUGAUAUUUUAAAAUUCGCAAGAACAUCUAUCUAAAAAUAAACUGGUUUAGUCUAUACUAAAACAGUGGAUAGUGUUUUUCGCGCGCUUUGAUUGGCUACUCAGUCAGUGAACAUCCGGCAUUAGUAAAAUCCAACUAGUGGUCUAUUAUCAAUGCUGCGUUCUCAUAGGUUGAGCUACUACUAUGCUAUUUGUUAUAGCCCACUACUAGCGAAAAGCGCCAGCUUUGAAAAACCAAAACAGUGGCGGCUGAAUCGCGUUUUGCGAGCUAAAGUUCUUUUGUCCCGAUAUUUUUGACCAACUAGUUGGAUUUUACUAGCCUCAUGGGCUAUUGACUCAGAACCCCAAUCGGGCUCGAGGAAUAAUUGUUAACUAUUCACUGGUUCACCUCCAGCUCCUCCGAGCGAGCGACGCGAAACUCGCGUUAGUCGCGAUCAAAAGGCCUUCCCGUUUUGUUGUCGUAACAAACAAAGAAAUUUCACAACUAAUCAAGCAAGUUGUUCACGAAAUACACGAAGAAGGUGACAACGUUCGGUUUGGAAGUUUUAACGGCUAAUGCCUUGUCUUUUUGACCUGCUGAUUUAUCGAUAAAAUCGGUGAAAAACUUUUUUGUUUACAAAUGCAAAUUAAGCGUAAGUCUUGCGUUACUCUAUUUAGUUGACUUGUUCAUAAAUAAGCUUAAAACUAAAUAACAAGUAUUCACCGAAGUGGAGGUGGCUAGUGCGGAUAUUUACCAAGGCAGCGAAGCGGCGAGGUAAAUAUCUAACACUAGCCACCGACACUGAGGUGAAUAAUUGUUUUAGAAUAUACUGAAACAGUGAGAUAAAUCAAAAAUCAAAAAUUUAAUUUUGAACUUAUCGAUAUAAAUUCAGGUCAAUUCGUUUUGUCGAUAAAUUCAGGUAAAAAAGACAAAGCUUUACCCGUUAAAACUUCCAAACCGAACUUCUUCACCUUCUUCGUGUAUUUCGGGAACAGCUUGCUUGAUUAGUUGUGAAACUUCCCCGCAAGAGCUAAACAACUGCCUUCAAAAGUUUUAUUUGUCGGCAAGAAAAAGCGACGACCCCGGCCGUUCGGUCAUUGCGCGCCAAAAUUGCAAUCGUUGGCAUCAGUAAAUGAGUUAAAAAUUGUCAUUUUUGUGCUUAAUUAUCUCCUGUUUUAGUAUAUGCUUAAACAAUUAUUCACCUCAGUGUCGGUGGCUAGUGGUGGUGGAUAUUUACCUCGCCGCUUCGCGGCGACGUUAAACAUACACCACUAGCCACCUCCACUUCAGUGAAUUGUUGUAUAUAUUUGUGAUAACGAACACCGUCCGGCUGCAUCAAAACCGAGUUGCUCGUUGCAGGUUACGGGCUCCUAGUGACUACGAACAAUUCUCUCUUCAUUUUUACAGUAAGUCAGUCAGUCGGGUGGCACUCUUACAAGGUAACCAGUGCAGCACCUUCUUUUUCUUCUCAGACUUUUGCCCUAGUAUUUCGGUCAAACUACUUACAAGAUACAUUCUUAUAAUUUUUGCGUUAGCUUCGGUACAUGAAAAGUUCGGCGUCUGAAUCAAAGCCGUUCCAAGUCUCUCCAAAGGCGAAAUUCCCGGCCGGACCGGGCGAAAGACCGAGCCAAUCCAAAUAGAAACACGCGUUCCUAAUUGAUUCAGAUGCCAAACUUUUCAAGUACUCAAUUUAAUGUAUUAGGUUCGGCUCAUAAAUAGUUCGGCGUCUGCACUGGGCCUUAGAAAAAAAAUUCCAUUUGUUACGAAAACUUUCAAUAUAUUUUUUUUCUGGUUUAGCAGCCAAAUCUAUGUUUUUAGGGAUACAGUGCAAUAAACUUUGAUUGUUACAGGACUCAGAAUCUGAAGGGGCCCAUUUCCUCAGUAACAGUCAACCUGCCGGUAGCAAGCGUUUCCGUGCGGUUUCGGAGCAAACAACGAGGAAAGAGAGUCAAAGACCACGCAAAAAAUGGGGCUCACUCUCGUUUCAUUUUUCGGGCGGCCAAAACUGAAAAUCCGGUUCCUCGGUCUUUCUUUGCUCCGAAACCAAACAGAAACGCUUGCUACGCAGACUGAGUAAUUAAUAUAGUCGACGGAAUUAUAGCUUGUUUACAUCUAUGAUUUAUAUAGUUAACCGCCACCAGAGGACAGAGGACCCCUUGUGAAGUUCUUAAAAUAAGGUGCCUGGUGGAGUUGGAAGGUGGUGGUGGCUUUUGAAGUUCCUCAAACUUCAAAAGCUGCUGAAAAGUUACCGAGCGCAAUCUAUGUACAUGCGUACCUCAGUAUGGAAGGCAUUUUUGUCCUCCGUUACUUCUGCCGAAAAAUCUAAGUUUAAUAAAGGUGUUAUUUUAAACACGGAAUUAUUGCUUUGUCUGGUCUGGUCCUAUUUGUUAUUCUUCACACGAAUUAUAUUCAAGCUCGAACAAAGAGUGGGUUACAUGUGCAAAACCUGCGAAGGCCCUGGGUACUAGCCUUGAGAAACGCAGAAACAGGAAAGUUUGGAGAGUGCAAACUACCUUGUAAUCAAAAAGGUGCAAUCACUGACUGCAAUGGCUAUUCUUGAUGAUAACUGGCAGUCGAAAAGCCCAACUAUCAGCCAGAGAACCAAAUUUAUUUUCAAUAACGAAUUAUUAAGUGAUGUGACGUUUGAACUGGUUCCUGCCUCGCACAACGAAAGUGAAAGCCGGAAGAGUCAGAAGUGCAUUCCAGCUCACAAGUUUAUGCUUGCAAUCAACAGCCCUGUUUUGUAUGCAAUGUUCUACGGUGAAACGAUGGAAACUUCAGGCACUAUUCAACUGCCUGACUGUGAUUAUGAGAGUCUUUUAGAGUUGUUUCGUUUUCUGUACAGCGAUGAAGUGAACUUGAGCGGAAGUAAUGUCAUGCAAGUUCUCUUCCUAGCAAAGAAAUACCUUGUUCCUUCACUUGCCGAUAAGUGCACUGAAUAUCUUCGGGAACAUCUAGAGGCGUCGAAUGUGUUCUCUAUCCUGCCUCAAGCUCAGAAAUUUGAGGAUAAAAAUUUGGAAGAACUAUGCUGGAAGGUAAUUGAGACGCACACCGAAAAUACUCUGACUUCGGAAGAAUUUAUUACGCUUGAGAAAUCUGUUGUUGAGUCUGUCGUGAAAAGAAAGAGAUUGAAUGUAAAGGAAGUGGAUUUAUUCAAGGCUGUUGAUCGCUGGGCAACCAAAAAAGUUGAAAAGCAACGCCUUACCCCUGGAGGGAAGGUUAAAAGAAGGAUUCUUGGAGAGGAAAUUGUGAAAGCGAUAAGGUUCCCAGUGAUGUCGCAGAAGGAAUUUGCUUCGGUUGUUGUGGAUUGUGACAUUCUGACGUUAAAAAAGAGAUUGGUUUCAUGAUGAAACACUACGGUGGUGUCAGUUUAGAGUCUUCUUUACCAUUCAUGCAUUCCCCGAGACAGCAUGGAACUGGGCUCUUGCAUCGAGUUUAUAGAUCUGCAAUGCAUAACGGAACCGGCUGGCAGUGCAAGGGUUUCGGGAAAGAUGCCCUCGGUGUUAGUGUCAGUAAACCUGCCACAUUACAAGGAGUGCAUCAUUUUGGUAGUGAAGGUGGCGAAUACACAGUUUCCGUAGAAAUAAAGGAUACAAUAAAUGGUUUUUCUCUGGUGAAACAAACAGGCACGUAUUUCUCCCAGAAAGAUGAGACAAACCUUUGCUAUGGAUUUGAUGUCAUGUUUGACCACCCAGUUUGUCUUGAGAAGGGUAAAGCGUAUGAUAUUGUAUCUCUCAUCAAGGGCCCACCAUCUUUGUAUUUGACUUGUGGGAAAGAAUCUGUCGAGGCUCUUGGAAUCCAGUUUUCAUUUAGCAAUUCAGCUGCUUCUAGUAAUGGAACUAAAGUAAAAAGUGGCCAGUUUCCUGCACUUAUUUUCAGCACAAUGUAGUACGGUUUUUAAAAUCCCUUGAUCGAUGAUAUUGCAUUUGUUGAUCGUUUGAAGUGGUAUACCGUUCGCAAAUUUUUGAUUUAAGGAAAAAGCCCAAUCAAGCAAACUAAGGUUUUUUAGGAGUAAAGGAUACUACGCUCUACCAAUUCCUCCUUAAUUCCCAGACUACCACCUGUUGUUAGUCUUGUUAGGGUACUUGCAGAAUUCUAGUGACACACUGGUCAGCCGGAGCCAGGAAUGAUUUGAAAAAAAAUAUUAAAAUACAGUUGAAACUCUCCACAAGGGUCACCUUGGGAACAGGUGAAAGUGACCGCUGCAGAGAGUUUUAAAUAAGAGUCUCAGUGUAUGGACUGUCCGCCAAAAAAGUGGCCGUUGUACAGAGGUGGCCGUUAGUGGAGGUUUAUCUUUAGAGCCUGUUAGACCCGAGCAUAAUCGCGUGUUAGUUCUCAGCUGUCAAGUAAGAAAAAUAGAUGUUUUUGAUGACUGAUUUGUAAGACUUAUUUGAUAUUUAAAAUUCGUAAGAAAGUCGGUGCAGAAAUAAACUGGUCUAGCUGUGAAAACGCCGUUGCUUCACAACCGAGUUGCUCACUCCAGGUUAUGGGCUCCUAGUGACAACGACCAAUUCUCUCUUCUUUUUCACAGUUAGUAGGGUGUCACCCUUACAAAGUAACCAGUGCAGUACCUCAUUUUUCUUCUCACACUUUUGCCCUUGUUUCUCGCGCGCUAUGUCGGCAAAAAUGAAGAAUCCUUGCAGUCUAGUUAGUCUAGAUUGUCUGUGUUUAGUUUGAUGGGUGUGCGCCUGAACACUUUAUACGCGUGACUUUAUGCUCAAAACUAGUCUGAAAUUAUUCGAUCUUGCCAAAAAAAAACCCUUAGGCCCGUUUCAAACGUCGUGCUACUACCGUGCUAAACGAAAUUGAUCGAAUUAAAUUCGACUUUAGCACGGCAAGCUUUGCCGUGCAACACGGCAGUAGCUCGACUUGGUUUCAAACGUCGCGCUACUGCCGUGCCGAACUCAAUUCAUAAAUCAUUAAUACAUUACAAUAUAUUUAAAAGUUUGCUAAAUCGUUUCUUUAUUUUUGUUCUUUGUUUUCGGCAACAGCCGUUCUAUUCGACUGAAUUAAAUUCGACGUCUAAGACCAAGUCGUGCUAUUGUCGUGCUGCACCCGAGCUACAAUAGCACGACGUUUGAAACAGGCCGAAAAUAUUUAAAUUUCCAUGACUCUCUUUUGACGAAGUUAAUUGAAGAUUGCGGAAAUAUUAAUGCUUAUGUGUACGAAAAAAACUGUGGACGACUCAAGUGGCAAUGUAACAACCUAGGCAUUUGGUGAUAGAGCGGUUUUCAUUUGAGUGUCGAAAAGUAAUUGGUUUUGCACUUUCUACACGAUGCGAUUGGCUUAAAAGAUUCGCGCCACCUUUUCAUCCAAUCAGAAGUAAAACCAAAGAGCGCUUUGCGUCAGCCACAUGUAAUUACUUCGAGUUUUGAUUGGUUCAAUGUAUUGUCUGUGUCCUAUGUGAUUGGCCAGAGUAAUUACUUGGUUUUGGUUUUACGACACUCAAACGAAAACCACUCUAAAAAUGGUAUGUCAGUAAGCCCUUUGUUGACUUCAGAGAUGAGCAAAGGUUAUGAUGAUCAUUAACGUGCAAUUGUUAAGAAAAUUUCUAAUGUUUAUCUGAGUAUAGUGACCGUUUGCUCGGAAGUGAACGUUGUUGAAGAAUUCAGAAGAUGGCAAAACAAGGAAGCACUGUUUGUGGGCAUAACUUAGAAGGCACCGUUUAGCUGCGUUUGUUUAUCUACCAGUUUAACCCAUUUUAAGUUGUACCGAGCCUAAGCAUUCGUAUUCAGUUACUGUUAGGACCUACUUGUUCUUUCCCUCACUUUGCACCGCGCGUCGCAAGUUAUGGGCUUCUCGCAUCGCCUGCUCGGCAAUGUUCAUAAUAUUGCAUUAAAGUUGAUAGCAAUUAUCGCCGACAGCCUGAGGGAGGUAACAAAGCCCACUUUUGUAGACCAAAAAGCGUACAAUGUACACAGCGAUAAUUAUAAAUUCUCCUGGUUAAAAAGGUGUCGUCUCGAAACUCGCCUCAGUCUCCUCGCGUAAUAUAAUCAUUUGAGAGUGGAAAUAGUCCCUUUUAGUCUGAAAAGAGGACGGUGAUCCAACCAACCUUUUUAUCAGUGUAAUUUAGUCGUAAUAGCUUCAAAAAUAUAAGAUAUAUUAAGAAGAAAAACAAUCUGGAUACGGUUCUUAAAGGGAAGGAAUUAGGGAAGCCGGCAGGAUAAACAGAGGCAGGAGCCAAUAGGGGUAAUUAAUACUAAUAUGCAGCAAUGCUUAAUAGCUAAAAAGCGGUGGGACCAUUAGUGCAAGGUACAGGAGACAGAACUUUUGAAACUCCUGUCUCCUAACUUCCUCCAAAGGAGGAACUGAAUGGGUUUUUAACCGUUUAGUGUGUUUGGCCCAUAUUUUUUUAGCUUAUAUGUAAUACCUUAAACAGCUAAGAAAUUGAAUAAGAAAAGAAAAGUCCAUUUGUUACAGAAAAUUUCAAUACAGUCUAACCUCUCCUUACGGAUACCUCUAUAAUAUGGACAGUUCGACGUUUGGUCCCAGAAAUGCCAAAAAUCAUACAUUCCCUACCUCUAUAAUACCGACACCUCUGUAAAGCGGACACUUGGUUCUGUCUCUUUGGUGUCCGUAUUAAAGAGGUUUGACUGUAUUGUUUUUUCUUCUGGCUUACAGCCAAAUCUAUGAUUUUAUGGAUAAAGGGCAAUAAACUUUGGUUGUUACAGGACACAGAAUAUGAAGGUGCCUAUUUCCUCAGUAACCCGCUGUUCCCUUUAGUGACAAGCGUUUCCGUGCAGUUUCGGAGCAAAGAACGGGGAAGGAGAGUCAAAGACCGCGCAAAAAAUGGGGCUUGCUUUCGUUCCAUUUUUCGCGCGGCAAAAACUGAAAAUCCCGUUCCUCGGUCUUUCUUUGCUCCGGAACCAAACAGAAACGCCUGCUACGUAGACUAAGUAAUUAAUGGUCGACAGAAUUAUAGCCUGUUUAUAUCAAUCAGGAUGACAUCGUUAACCGCCACCAGAGGACACUGGACUCCUUAUGCAGUUGUUGAAAUCAGGUGCCUGAUGGAGUUGGAAGGUGGUGGUGGCUUCUGAAGUUGCUCAAAAAAGGUGCCGAUCACAAACUAUACACAUUCGUAGCUUAAAAUGAAAGGCAUCUUUGUCCUCUGUAACUUCUUCCGAAAAUUUUAGGUUGAAUAAAGACGUCAUUUUAAACACGGAAUUACUGCUUUGUCUGGUCUGCUCUGGCCCUAUUUGGUAUUCUUUACACGAAGUUUUCUUAAAAAUCAAACAAGGAAUGGGAAACCUGUGCCAAACCCUAGAAAACCUUGGGUACUAGAUUGAGAAACGUACACCUGAGAGGGAACGAGAGUGCAAACAAACUUGUAUUAAUCAGGAAGGUGCAAUCACUGCAAUGACUACUCUUGAUGAUAACUGGCAGACAAAACGCCCAACUAUCAGCGAGAGAACCACAUUCAUUUUCAAUAACGAAUUAUUAAGUGAUGUGAAAUUUGUAGUUCCUGCGUCGCAUAACGAAAGUGAAAGCCGGAAGUGUCAGAAGUGCAUUCCAGCUCACAAAUUUGUGCUUGCAAUCAGCAGUCCUGUUUUCUUUGCCAUGUUCUACGGUGAAAUGGCGGAGACUGCAGACACUAUUCAACUGCCCAACUGUGAUUAUGAGAGUCUCUUAGAGUUGUUUCGUUUUCUGUACAGCGAUGAAGUGAACUUGGGCGGAAGUAAUGUCAUGCAAGUUCUCUACUUAGCAAAGGAAUAUCUGGUACCUUCACUCGCCGAUAAGUGCACUGAAUAUCUCCAAGAACAUCUAGAGGCGUCGAAUGUGUUCUCCAUCCUGCCGCAAGCUCAGAAAUUUGAGGAUAAAGAUUUGGAAGAACGGUGCUGGGAAGUUAUAGAGACGCAAACCGAGAAUGCUCUGACGUCGGAAGAAUUUGUCACGCUUGAGAGAUCUGUAGUUGAGUCUGUUGUGAAGAGGGAGAGAUUGAAUGUAAAGGAAGUGGAUUUAUUCAAGGCUGUUGAUCGCUGGACAACCAAAGAAGUUGAAAAGCAACGCCUUACCCCUGAAGGGAAGGUUAAAAGAAGGAUUCUUGGAGAGGAAAUUGUAAAGGCAAUAAGGUUUCCAGUGAUGUCGCAGCCGGAGUUUGCUUCGGUUGUUGUGGAUUGUGCCAUUCUGACUAAAAAAGAGAUUUGUUUAAUGUUGAAACACUACAGUGGUGUCGGUGUAGAGUACUCUUUGCCAUUCAUGCAUUUCUCUAGAACUGGGCUUUUGCAUCGAAUUUACAGAUUUGCUAUAGUAAACCCCCCCAGAAUGCCUGAUGGUCCCUGGCGCUACACUCAUGGUCAUGGAAAUGCCUGAUGGUGCCUGGUACUACUAUCGUGGUAAUUCUGAUGCCCUUAAACUUACUGUCAGUAAGCCUAUCAUGUUACAUGGAGUGCAGCAUUUUGGUAGUGAAGGUGGCAAAUACACAGUUUCAUUAGAAGUGAAAGAUGUGAUGAAUGGUUUUUCUCUGGUAAAACAAACAGGAACAUAUUACUCCAAGAAAGAUGAGACAAAUGGCAGAAGUGGUUACUAUGGAUUUGAUGUCAUGUUUGAUCAACCAAUUUGCCUUGAAGCGAGCAAAGCUUAUGACAUUGUAUCUCUUAUCAAAGGUCCACAUUCGUGGCAUGUGACCAGGGGGAAAAAGUCUGACGAAGUUCAAGGAAUCCAGUUUUCAUUAAGCCAUUCACCGGCUUCUUCAAAUAGAACCGGUGUAGAUGAUGGCCAGUUUUCUGCAUUUAUCUUCGACAAAAUGUAG